AGCUGACUUGACUCCCAUGACUCAUUGAAACAACUCAUUUUGCAAUGUUUAGAUCAACUUGUAAAUAACUAUUUUGCGGAGAUAUAAUAAUACUACAAAAGUACACAAAUAACCACCUCUCUAUAAUUAUGUGAAUCUGUCUGAAUUAUUAUUGUUGAAGUUUUUAGUACUACUGGAAAGUAAUACAUUGGGCAAAGUUGAACAUGUGGUGUGUGAGACUGUGAGGUGUUAGAUUAUAGCAAUGAGUGACAAUUAAUUAGGGAAACGACUUUUGACUCUGCUGGAUUUGGAAAUUAAUAAAACUUACAUUGCACAAAAAAGGGACGAUGGGGCUGUCCAACAUCCUCCUCUUGAGUCAGUUGACGGGUCAUAUUGUGACUCUUAUCCUCUCCCUCUGUAUCACCAUCCCUAUGUCCAUCCACGAAGACGACUUCCGAGGUUAUUGUCUCCUCUUCUCGGUCGGAGAAUGGCAAGAGACGGAUGGUCAGUUCAAGGUGGACUGGGCGUCUCAGGGAUUUUGUAACUACACCAUUUUCGUUGGCGUUUUCCUCUUUGUCGUCUCAGCCGUCCAAGUGUAUCGACUCAGCCUCCUCCUCUACCGGGGACAAGAUUCGUCCUUCGUGUCUGCAUUCAUUGAUGUCGUCGCGUCCGCCCUCCUCGCCUGUCUAACCAUCAUUGCCGCACUCAUGAUCACGCUCGGAUUCGACUUUUGGUGUAAAUCCAUUACGAAAAGAUUCGAAACGUGUGGAGAUGCGCAGGACAACGAUAUUGACAAGAAGGAUGGGAUUGACACGUCAUCUUUCUACAUCCAGAUGGGAGUGGCACAAUUUGGAGCGUGGGCCUCUUGGGCGACGUCUGUGGGUCUGCUCGUAUUUGCCACUCUGAAGUUGUGGCGUUAUCAUCAGGAGGAGAACAUGCGGGUGAGCAUGGCCAUCGCAAGAGAAAGGCUGAUCAAAAAUGCGUGCUCCGUAGGGGGCGGUCCCUCCUCCUCCUCGUCGUCCGCAGGCCCAGCUUCAAAUGGCAGAGGGGGUGGAGGUGAUGCCAACAAAAAUGCUGGAGCUGCUGGUAAAAGAGGAGGAAAUGACCCCGCUAUUCAUAGCAUUUAGUUAUUUGGUAGUAUGGUAAAGUGUAAAGUGAGUUUAUAACAAUCGAAGACAGAGAUUAGUGUUAAGAAUAAGAAUAAUGCUCUCAAAACGAAACACUUGUUGACAAUUUCUUGUACUUUUGGGGAUGGAGUGUAUUUUCUUACAUAAGUGCUUAUAUAUAAAUAGCCAUGUCUUCUAUAUUACCCGUUAAAAUUAACUUGUUAUGUCUAUCAGUAUCAAUAAUCGUUGUCAUUUUAACGACGAAUCACAACUACGGUUAAUAAAAAAUAAAAUCAGGAUGAUGUCAGUUGCUUACAAUGACAAUGAGGCACCGCGAUGCGCAAAAAUAAAUCAUACAAUGAAGUAA